AGUUAAAGUUUCGUCGUGUAUAGACUAAAAAUGAUAUCUUAUGCAUUCGCUGGAGUCCCUCCUUUCACUAUCCUAACUCCUGAAGUGACACAAUCCGUCAGUGAAAAGUUCGAAGAGGCCAGCACUAAGGUUCAAGAGCGUGUUCAUGGUUUCAAGAAGACUGCCACUGGUCAGAGGAUCUCUGCCGCUGCGACCAGUGCUAGUGACUAUAUGUCUGCUGCCUUCGACAGCUUCCUCAACAGAACUGAGGUCCUCGUGGAUAGUAUGCUUCCUCCUAUUGAGGAACCUGUUGACAUGGCUCAUACCGAAUCUGAUGCUACUACCACUAGUCCCUCAUCAUCGUCGACCAAGGAGCAAAAGUCCUCUGUUGAAGCUGCUGGUCAGCAUCAGCGUGAGCUUGCUCGUGCCCUGGGUUUGGCUGGUACUGUGUGUUCUCGCGUGUACACUCGUGCUGAUAUCUACGUCAUCGAGCCUUGUAGGGAGUAUAUGUCGGACAUAUGGGAGUUCUGGUCCUUCCUUUGGUCCGGUGCUAAGGAGAUGUGUGGUUCCCUCUGGGCAUCUAUCAAGACGUGGAUUGUUACUAAGUAUACUGAGUUGAAGGAGAAGGCUCCCGGUAUGUGGCAGUAUGUGAGAGCUCUUGUUAUGGACAACUGGACGUCGAUGAAGAAUGCGGCUUCGUGUGCCUUUGCUAAGGCUAAGGAGUGCUCAUUGUAUAUCAAGGAUAAGGCUGUCAUGGCUUGGAAUAAGGCAUUGACUCCUGAGAGGAAGCAUAGUCUUGAGGAGAUGUAUAAAACCGUCUCUGUGAAGGCUUAUGAAUACUGCAAUCUCGCCAAGGUUUCAAUCAUCAAAUCUGCUAAGUCGGUUUACACGUAUCUGGUUACUAUUUUCACUUGGGACAAUUUCAACAGAGGCGUUGCCUCAGUAAGUGCGGCCUUCGCUUGCCCUUGGGUAUGUGGUGCUGCUGCCACUGCGAAGGAUGAGAAGGCCUAAACUAUGUAUUAUCGAUAGAUUUGUUCUAGCAGUUAGGUUGUCGUAGUAUACAAUGCCCAUUCUUAUUUCUAUCUACUCUUCCUCCUAUUCUCGGUUGUCGUCAAACCUCGUCUAGAGGUCUGUGUCACCGCUGUGGGUAUUCAGUGUCAAUCGCAAUAACACACUGAGAAUCCUCGAGU